CUGCGCUACAGGCCAGAAUCCUCAAGGAGCCGGAAUCUUCCAUGCCCUGAGGAAGAUGAAGACUCGGGCCCGCCAGCAGCCCCAUCUUCCAAAAGGGAAGAAGAAAUGGUUUUUGUGGGCCCUCAGCGGCUUCCUCUUCCUGCUUUCAGUGACCAUGACUGGCUGCUUCCUGUGGCAAUUCUACCUCCCCAAGCUGCAGACUGGUUCCUUGAAGCCAGAGGUGCCGCCAGCCCCAGUGAAGAUGUGUCCCCGGCACCCUGAGCUUGUGCCUCUUGUUCACCCACUGCCGGUGCUGAAGGAGGCCUUAGAGAAGGUGGAUGGGAUUCUGCACAAGGCAAUGUUGGCCCCAGGCCUGGCUGCCAUGUCUGCCCUUGUCAUCCAUAAUGACACUGUGCUCUGGACUGGGAACUUCGGGAGGAAGAACGGCUCAGAUCCGAAUUCUGGAACCCCUAAUGAGUAUACCAUGUACCGGAUUGCCAGCAUCUCCAAGAUCUUCCCUGUGCUGAUGCUCUAUCGCCUGUGGGAGGAGGGCAUCGUGGACUCCCUGGACGACCCUCUGGAGCGCUAUGCCAGCACAUUCUCUAUCAACAACCCUCUGGGCACAGCCCAAGGCCCUGGAGCACAGAGCCCAAUGGGGGAAUCGGAAGAGAUGGGCUCCUUCCCCAGGCCAUCCCCUGUCACUCUCCGGAGGAUGGCCAGUCAAUUGUCAGGACUUCCCCGAAGACUCCGGGGCACUUCACUGCUGUGGAGGGGCAGUACCCAGGAGGCUCUGAGCCUGCUCAAGGAUGAUGUCCUGGUGGCUGACCCAGGAACCAGAUGCCACUACAGCACGCUGGCCUUCUCUCUCCUAGCCCAUGUGCUGGCUGCGCACAGGGCACAGGGUGACUAUGAGCGCUGGGUGUCUGAGCAGGUGCUGGAACCACUGGGGAUGAGUGACACCGGCUUUGCACUGACAGGAGCAGUGCGUGCACGUCUGGCUGCUGGCUUCUAUGGGAGCGGCAAGUCUGCCCCGCUCUACGAUCUGGGCUGGUACCGGCCAUCGGGCCAGAUGUACUCGACAGCUGCAGACCUGGCCAGGCUUGCGGCUGCGCUCCUGGGUGCAGGACCCCGACGGCUGCUACGGCCCGACAGCCUGGCCACACUGCUAGCACCACUGCGCGCCUGCGCCCACGACUACUUUGCUAGUGAAACCGGCACACCCUGGGAGUUCCACGAGAGGCGCGGAUACCGCGUGGCGCGCAAGGAUGGCGACUUGGACGGCUAUGCCGCCAGCCUGGCGCUCGUGCCACCGCUGCGCCUGGGAUUUGUGUUGUUGAUGGCCGGGCCUCGCCCUCCCACGAGCGAUCUGGUGGCUGACGCCCUGGAUAUGCUGCUGCCAGCCCUGGAGCGCGCGUUGCGCGAGGCUGAGCUCGCCCCCGCGCCCCCGCCCCGCGCGCGCCCGUUCGCCGGUUUUUUCACCUUCGCCAACCGCACCUUCUACGAGGUGCGCGCCGCCGGGCCGCGUGGCGAGCUGCGCUUGCGCCAGUUUGGGCCGCGCGUGGAGGCGCUCGUGCCCGCCGCCUUCCGAUCGCUCGCCCUGCGCCACGUGCGCGGCCGCGUCUUCCAGUUGCACGUGGCGCGCGAGUUCCCGUGCGCGCUGCCGCUCGCCGACGCCUGGCUGUCUCUGGAGGCCCAGCACGGGCAGCUGGUGCGGUUCUACCCGCUGGAUCGCCAUGGGCUAGCGCCGGGCUUCGACGUACCAGGCCUCAACACCUACGGAGUGCUGCGCCUGCCACGCAGGCCGGUGUUCGGCUCCCAGUGAGCUGGGCAUCCCCACGCGCGCGCG